AUGGAUGGUGGAUCAAGCGACGAGGCACCUUAUACAAGUGAUGAUACCAUCGACGCAUAUAGCGUUGAUGGGGAUGUAUCUGGAGAUGAAGAAGAAGAAGAAGAAGAAGGGGCUCAUGCACAAGGUCCUUUGGAGCAUGAAGAACUUGUUAAUCUUGAAGAUGAUAAUGAAGAUUGUCUAAUGCCAUUCAAUAAAGUUCAAGAAGAUGUGGUAUUUUGGUCGCUAGAUAGAAAUGUGAUAGAAAAAGGAAUGUUUUUUCAAAGCAAGGCGGAGCUUAUACACGCUGUUAGGCUUUGGAACAUAAGAGAAAACAGAGAACUUAUUGUUAUGGAUACAAGGCCAGCGUUUUGGAAAGCACAGUGCAUGACCAGGGGGAAGAAUUAUCGUGGUGUUUUAGACCGGGUUCCGUGUAGGUGGCUUGUAGCUGGAUCUAACAGAAACAGAUUAGGAUUGUUUCAGAUCACAAAGUGGGUGGAGAGUCACAAUUGUUAUGAAGAAGUGAUAUCUAAUAACAAUCGUUGUAUGACAGCAAGUAUGAUUGCUUCUGAAAUUUUGUCACAAGUGCGGGAGGAUUUAACUUUAAAAGUUAGACAGAUCCAUGCCCAAGUAAAAACAACAUUCAAUGUUGAUGUGAGCUACGCCAAGGCGUGGAAUGCAAGAAGGUUAGCAAUUGAAAGGUUGUAUGGAACUUGGCCGAGUAACUUUGAUGCACUGCCCAAGUAUGUUGCUGAAUUACAAUGUGCUAACCCAGACACUGUUGUGGAAUGGCUCCAUUCUCCAACCAGUUCAAGCCAUAUACAUACAUUCAAGUAUGUAUUUUGGGCAUUUGGACCGGCAAUUAGGGCAUUCCAACGUUGUAUUCCGGUUAUCUUUGUCGAUGGCACUCAUUUGAAAGGCAGCUACAAAGGUAAGUUGGUAACUGUAGUGACAAAGAACGCCAAUGGACAACUAUUGUCGGUCGCUUAUGGCAUGGUUGAUGAAGAGUCUAAUGAAAGUUGGGGAUGGUUUCUAAAUCUCUUUAAAGAGCAUGUCGGGUCGCAGAGGCAAGGUGAUUUGUGUAUCAUUUCAGACCGUCACCAAGGCAUUCUUAAUGCAGUGAGCCAAAUUGAUGGGUGGCAUCAUCGGUAUUGUUUGAGGCACGUUUGUAGCAACGUGAACUUGCACUUCAAGAACAGGAGAAUCAAAAAUCUGGCUUGGGUUAUCGGUUCCACCUCCCAAUCAUCCAAGUAUACUUGGGCGAUAAACACAAUCAAAGGUGAAGAUGAUGUUGUUUGGCCGUAUUUGAGGAACAUUGGUUUGGAGAAGUGGACUCUAAGGCAUGACUCGGCGCUUCGUCGUUGGGGUAACUUAACAACAAACAUUGCCGAGUGCCAAAACAAUAUCCUUGGUAAGGCUCGAAUGCUACCUAUUAGAGCUUUAAUUGAGAGCACUUUUACUUGGACAAGAGACCAUUUUGUCAGCCAAUACCGGAAGGCAAGUAGUUGGAACCCACCACUAGCUCGCAAAAUGUGGCAGGUUUAUCAGAUGCGUGAACGAGCCUCAACAAGCCAUAGAGUGGAAGUGUUUGAUGAACGAACAGGUAAUUACACGGUCAGAACAAACCAAAGAAAUGCACAAGGCGAGUACACAUACAAUGUUGUGAUGGGGGAGAAUAGGAAAAAAUGCUCUUGUGGAGCUUGGCAGCAUCAAAGGUUUCCAUGUUCUCAUGCCAUUGCUGUUUGCGGAUAUAGACAAGAGAGAGCUGUUCAUCUUACAAGUAAAAGGUACACAACUAGGACAUGA